GUUGAAAGCAACACUCUCUUCAGCCUCAUCAAUCUUCAUUCCCUUCGAACCCACAGCCUUGUUUUCUCGUUGAUAGUUGCUUUUUGAAGCUCCUACAUCUUUCACUGACCUUCUCGCCCUCCACACCGCCACCAUGCCUGCCACCACGGCGGACACACUAUCCCUCGUCAACCGCUCCGUCACGGUUGCCCCGUUAGUCCUGCUCUCCGUCGCCGAUCAUUAUGGGCGCACAGCCAAGGGCACUCGGAAACGUGUAGUUGGUGUGCUGCUGGGUGAGAACUAUGGCAACAAUGUGCGCGUAUCCAACAGCUUCGCAGUUCCGUUCGAGGAGGAUGAGAAAGACCCCUCAGUCUGGUUUUUGGAUCACAAUUUCGUCGAGUCGAUGAGGGACAUGUUCAAGAAGAUCAAUGCUCGUGAGAAGCUGGUUGGCUGGUAUCACUCCGGCCCGAAGUUGCGCGCUUCCGAUCUCGAGAUCAAUGAGCUCUUCAAGAAAUACACCCCGAACCCCUUGUUGGUUAUUGUCGAUGUACAGCCGAAAGAGGUCGGCGUGCCUACGGAUGCCUACUUUGCCGUGGAUGAGAUUAAGGAUGACGGAACCACAACCUCCAGGACUUUCGUACACACACCAUCGAUAAUCGAGGCCGAAGAGGCCGAGGAGAUUGGCGUGGAGCACUUGCUCCGAGACAUUAGAGACGUCGCCGUCGGCACGCUUUCCACCCGCAUCACGUCACAGCUGCAGUCAUUGCAAGGAUUGCACCUCCGGCUGCGUGAUAUUGGCCAAUAUCUCCAGAAGGUCCUCGACCAUGAACUCCCCGUCAACCACGCCAUCCUUGGUAACCUCCAGGAUGUCUUCAACCUCCUUCCCAACCUGUCUACCCCAACGACCACACAACGGAUCAGUGGCCAGGAGACACAAAUCGAGAACAGCGAACUGGCUCGGGCAAUGAGUGUGAAGACUAAUGAUCAGUUGAUGGCUAUCUACAUUAGCAGUCUGAUCCGCGCUAUCACGGCAUUCCACGACCUGAUCGAGAACAAGAUCCAGAACCGACAGCAGCAGGAGGAAAGUGACUCGAAGCGGGAGCAGGAGGUCAACGCGGCCAAGGGUGAGAAGGAUGGCAAGAAGGCUGGCUCGUCGAAUGGCGAGCAAAAGGAGGAGCAGGACGGCUCUGACAAGAGCAAGAAGAAGAGCUAAGAGUGAUGCUUUCCUUCCAUUGUUCUUUUGGGACCACGUUGUUCUUCUUUUCCCCGCUUGGGAGGAAUCCAUGCCCACCGAGAUAUGUUAUGACCGCUUUAGAACUGCAUCUGCUUGGCAGUGUAUAGUACGGAAUAAUCAAGGAUAUGACCAGGUGGCUGUUGACAACUCUCUUCACCGCCACUGCAGUUUGCUUUGGCAUCGCUCUGUUCCGCCCGUAAUUGCCCGUAAUGAAUAGUAGACCGACCCCUUCCUCGCAGGACUCAUGCAUGCACUACUAGACUUGUGGGUUCUGCCCGCAGUAUGGGGCUGGCUGACGGGGGACAUGGCCACGGCGUGUGGCGUCGUAGAACAGUUCAUCCCAAGCGCCUCGCCAGCACUUGCUCGAACCAGCGGAGCAAAUAGCCUAAUACUUAGGGUUCAAACUAUCCAAUAGGGCCAGAGACUGCACCUAGGUGGAUGUCGUCAAUAUUCAACAUCACAAAUCCGAAAUCAACCACCCCAUCCCGCACACCAGCCAGCCAUUUCCUCCAUGGAAACGCCGCGACCUGCAUCCCCUCUACCCGAGAACAGCCCGGGACACCGCGCAAAUAACACGCAGGCGAGAAUAUGCUUGCAUACUGGCGACGAAGCCCGGUCCGUGGUACAAGUCAAGGUCCCACCAAAAGGGUAGACUGCAGAUCCAUCGUCCCGGUCACGCAGCAUUGCAGACUCGGAUGGGAGCUCUGCAGGAGCGUUGGGGUUGGAAAUUGAGGACAGGCGGGAGUCUAGGUCGCGGAACGCGGAGAGCGUAAAGGUGGGGCAUGUGCAAUUCCAGGCAUCGAGGCGGACUUCGUAGACUUUUUGUGGUUGGUAUGUGGCGUGUGUAGUUGAUGAUGUUGAUAAUGAUGGUGCUCCCGUGGCGACGAUGGGGUGUACAGGGGCCGACGAGGCGGAUGUCACUAAGAAUAGGAACGGAUCUUCGUCAAGGGUAUCGUCGCUUGUUUCAUCCAGCAUAUUUGGAUAGAUCGUGUUGGUUGCAUCGUGUCGUAUCUCUUCGUUCCCCGGGGACGCCGUUUGGUCCUGGGUAGGUGCCGAUGGCACGGCAUGGAUUUUGUCCCCGCGCAUCACAAUCCGCUGCACGAGCCUCCGAUCUAGAAUGUCCAGGGCUGGAAGGAGAUCGUUGGGGAAGAGACAGUGUAAUGUGAGUAGAAGAGGCUUUACUUUGGCGAGUUGAUGUGCCGAGAGCCUUGAUAGUGCGUUUUGUGGCUGCUUCGGUUGGUGUGCGGUUUGUGUCCUCGGCGGGUCUAGUUCAGCAGUGGGUAGCUCUGGUUGGAAGCUGGACAGCUCGGAUAUGAGCUGAUCAAUAAAUCCUGCUGAGCUUGGGAGGUUGUUGAGAGAUGAGUCGAGAUCCAUGUCUUGAAUGAGUUGGACUUGGGUGUGGUAAGAGAGG